UUUUUCUGGAGCACACACGCUGACUGGGAUACUCUGGUAAAUAUGGGGAAAUAAAGGCCGAUCUUGCAUACAGGCACAUGAAAGGAGUGGAUUAAAGUGGUACAUUCUGUGGGAGAUGUAACCUACUCCAGAGCUUUGAAAUGGAGGGGACUUUGCCAUCGGCGGGCAGUGAGAAGCCCCAGAAGCGGGUGAGGUUCCGGGUGGCGUCGGGGAACAGUGGACGGGUGUUGAAGGAGAUGUUUAAGGAUGAGGGUCCGACCGACUCUCUGGACUCGGACUGCACCAGCAGCUCGGAGGCGGAUCGGGCCAGCACACCUUCCACCAGUGGGGAGCUAAACGGGCACCCGGGAGGCUACCUGGGCUCAGAGCUGGACGACAGCGAGAGUGAGCCUGAUGACCUUCUGCUAUUCGCAGGAGGAAAGGACAAAGACAGAGUUUUCAGUACCAAACGGGUCAAUAUCCUUAGCAAGAACGGGACAGUGCGAGGAGUCAAGCACAAAGUCAGCGCCGGCCAAAUACUGUUCGACAACCUGACUAAAGUCAGCGGGCCUGAGCUGACGCUGGAGUUUGGGCGGAUUGUGAUCUACACCACUAGUUUCCGUGUGGUCAGGACAACGUUUGAGCGCUGUGAGCUGGUGCGCAAAAUCUUCCAGAAUCACAGGGUGAAGUUCAUGGAGAAGAACAUUGCUCUGGACAGUGAGUAUGGGAAGGAACUGGAGGCACGCUGCAGAAGGGUGGGUGAGCCACCGUCGCUGCCUGUGGUCUUCAUCGAUGGACACUACUUGGGGGGUGCAGAGAAAAUACUGGGUAUGAAUGAAUCAGGGGAACUGCAGGAUCUCCUAACCAAAAUUGAGAGGGUACAGCAUCCCCACACAUGCCAGACGUGUGGCGGCUUCGCCUUCGUGCCCUGCUCUAUGUGCCAUGGCAGUAAGAUGUCCAUCUUCAGAAACUGCUUCACAGACUCGUUCAAAGCACUUAAGUGCACAGCGUGCAACGAGAACGGCCUUCAGCCAUGUCCCAGCUGCUCUCACUAAGGUCCUCUUCAAGUGCCUGCUCACCUACUGACCCCACCCAGUCCAGCCCUUCUCCCUCUUACCCUUUUGGCCAUGCAAAUGACUGCACCAGACAGAGAGAUGACUGCUUUUUUUUCUCCUGUGGGGAUUGUCAAUAAAUUUUGUUUAUAAGAAAACAAUACUGUCUGUCAAAGCAUGUCAUUCUUCAUCAGCUUUAUUUAGUUUGACAGUAUAACUUAUCAUUUGCCAACACAGGUCAUUUAAUAUAGUCAUAGUACAGUCUCAAUGUGUAUUAUUGCAAUUUAGUGCUGUAUUUAAGUAAGAAAACCACUGACAUGAAAUCAGAUAUAGCUCACUGUAACCCAGGAAGCAAAACUCUACGUUUUACCUCUUCAAGUGAAUACCAUAAGAGGUUGUGGUGGAUAUCGGUAUUAGGCCUAUAUCAGCAGACAAUGUUGGAUUGGAGGGAAAAAAAAGACUGAAUCCAAUCCAGUACUGUAACAAAUCUGUACUGAAAUAGCAUACACUCGCAUUGUGUGCUAACAUCAUGUUGUUAGCAG